AUCACUAACAUAGCACACCGUUUCAUCAACACCAACGAAAGAGAUAAACGGCGAGGCAUUUUGCCAGUUGAAAAGCCGAAUUCAAGGCGCCAUUAAAUCUCUCAGAGUGUUCUAAAGGGGGUUGAGCUGAGUGAUGACCGUGGAGGGUUUGAUACUUUGAUCUGCCGUGAUUAGUUGCAUGAAUGAGAUAAAUGGUGGUGGUGGGUAGACAGAAGAAAACCAAAAUAUGUAACCGUGAGGAGGAAGAUUUGAUAAGCAAGUUACCAGAACCUUUGAUAUCUGAAAUACUUUGUCGUCUUUCUACAGAAGAUGCUGUAAGAACAAGCCUUUUCUCCACAAGAUGGAGAAAUCUUUGGCGAUGGAUUCCGGAUUUGGACUUAUCCCCUGAUGCAUUUCCCAACUUUGAUGCCUUUGUGAGUUUCGUUGAAAGGUUUUUUGUUUACCACAGUGACAGGGAUUUAUGGAUACGCAAACUCCGGUUACGUUUUGGUUACCGUCAUUAUCUUGUUAUGUAUGAUCUCGCUUCAUGGGUUGAUGCUGUGACUAAGUGUAGGAUUCAGCAUCUUGAUGUUUCUUGUUUUCGCAAUCAUCAGAAUCAGAUACUGAUUCCCCUGUGUUUAUAUACAUGUGAGACACUGGUACACUUACGACUCUCUAAUGUCUCCAUGUGUACUGCAGAGUUUGUUUCCUUACCUUGUCUGAAGUUCAUGUGUUUAGCGCAUAUUAAGUAUCCCAACGAGACCACCUUGCAGAAACUUAUCUCAGGCUCUCCAAUUCUGGAAGAUUUAACCAUCAUCAGAUAUUCGGAUGAUGAAUAUAAGGCAACUGUUUUACAAGUGCGCUCUCAUACGCUAAAGAGAGUCUAUAUUAAUGAGUUUACUCAAGUUGUGAUUGAUGCACCUCUACUCCAGUGUUUGAAGGCUACGGGCUCCUCAACAAAGAACUUUCAUAUCGUCCAUUUGGGAUCCUCUGCCAAACUAGAUGUUGGUUACUUUGGUCAUAUGAGUAGCAGCAUGAUUCUUGACAUCAUGACCGACAUGUCGAGGUUCAGGGAGCUAAUUAUUGGCAAUGCUAUUCGGAAGGAAAUCUGUAAAUACUCGAAAUCAGUACUGCCUCAAUUCCGUGUUCUAUCCCGUCUGAAUGUUAAAUUUUCUAAAUCUGGUAUUGAAUUAUUGCCACUCUUUCUUGAGAGCUGCCCAAAACUAGAAUCUUUAGUAAUGGAAUUGGUCAAGGAGCGGCUCAAGCAUGGUAAGAAGGAGAAAGAAACAAAGGUGAUGUUUUCAACAGUGCCCCGGUGUUUGGUAUCAUCGCUCAAGUCUAUGGAAUGGAAACGUUUAAUCCCAGGGUAUGUAGGAGAAACGGAGCUAGUAAGAUACUUCUUGAAGAAUUCAAAAAUCCUGGAGAAACUAAGGGUCGAUGUUUACUAUACCGAAAAGACCAAGUGUGCCUUCCUUCAAGAACUCCUUAAAAUGCCAAGAUGCUCUAGUGUGUGUGAAAUUCAUUGCUCUGUGAUUCCUAAAAAAAAAUUGUGAUGAACAUUUCGUUUAAAAGGUUGAUCUUUUGGUCGUUACGCUAGUUGAUGUUAGAUAUUAGGCUCUGAUCCACAAGCAAAUAUUGCAGUUUUAGUCUUUCUUAUGUUA